AUGGCCGCCAACCCUUUCGAUCACUCCGACACUUCUGCCUUCUUUGACUUUCUUCUCUACGACACCACCACCGCCAGCGCAUCUGCUCUUCCCCCUGCUCCCGCUGCUCCUGUGACUUCCCCCGAGAUCGACUACGCCGUGCUCAACGAGCUGCUGUGCGAGACUCCCACCUUCUUCAGCCAGGGCGAUCUCACCCCGCCGGUGCUGGGCCAUCCCCUCCCUACCCCCAUCGCCGCCUUUGAGGAUCCCUGCGUCACGCCUGCGUCGCUGUUCUCGUCGGCCACCCCUUUGGUCUUUGACUGCAUGACCAUUCCUUUCACCCCCGCCUCGUCGCCCCCGUGCUCGUCAUCCCUGAGCCUCGACGCGCUCCUUACCCCCGUCAAUCCUCCCGCCAAGCUGUUUCCCGAGCUCAACACCCUCAUGGACUCGCCCAUGAACACCCCCGUGACCUCCCCUCCUUCGGCCUUCCCUCUCUCGAUUCCCGCCAUCCCCGUGGAUCUCAACAGCGACCCUCACAGCGUCAACGUCAUCCUUCCAAUGGAUAAGCUGCUGGCCCUCCUCGACACGGCCACCCGCAACAACAACAGCAACAACAACAAUCUCCUCGCGUGCAUGUCGAUGCCCGCAACCCCCUACUCGCCUCCCGUCGCCGCUCCUCUGCCUACCUUCCAGGUCGUGUCUGCGCCUGCUUCGCCUCCCACCCGGCACGCAAAGUACACCUGCACUCACGACGGCUGCGGCAAGUCCUUCACCCGUCGAUUCAACCUCGAGACCCACGUCAAGACGCACGACCUGAACCGCCCUCGUCCCUUCCGCUGCGAGCUGUGCUCCCAGAGCUUUGUCCGCCCCCACGACCUGGAGCGCCACUACAGCUGCCACCGGAAGCAGAAGGAGUUCUCGUGCCAGCACUGCACUCGACAAUUCACCCGCUCGGAUGCGCUUCGUCGCCACCUGGACAAGCAAACCUGCCAGCGAACCGGCGCAACUGCUUAA